GCGAAGACAGCGACAGCUUCGAGACGCAUGGUAAACCCGCUGUACUCGGCCGUCCACAAGAGACGUCUGUGGAUUGAUGACGUCUCCAGCGAUGAGAACACGCCGCCCAACACUACGUCGAUCCCCUACGAGGACUCAAGCUUCUCAUGCAGCUACACCGGGACUGUGACAUCAUUGAGGAGCCCUCCAGAGCCAAGAAAUCCCAGGAAAAGCCCUCCAAGUGAGACGUCGACGGAGCCACCGACUUCUCCGGUGCGAUUCGCACCUCGUAGCCUGACAACAUCGUCUCCGGUGCUCUUGGAGACGGCACCACGGUCGCCUCUCCGCCCAAGCGCGAACAAGUCACUGAAGGCCAAGCGGAGUGGACGGGGUAUACGUCGAGAAGCUGUCGCGCCUUACUCGAGGGCGCAUUCGAAACGGCGUGCGGAGUCCAGUGGCGCCAAGCUGUGUGCUACCACUGCGUCGGAGAGACUACACUCGAUGCUGAAGACCGCUCGGCCUGACGGCUGCUGGACCUGCAACACAGCAGAAAACGUUAAGUAA